AUGUCUCUUCCUUUAUAUCGAGCAAACGAAAGCAUUAUCGCAGCCCUUCGAGGAGAUGAUUUCAAAAGAGGAUACAGAGAGGUUGUCUCCAAGUUGAAGGAUACGCCGUCACGCCUGUCGCGUUACAACUCAACGGAGAUCAUCAUGGACAAUUUCACUGUGGACUAUCGCUCGUCGGAUGACUUUGCCUUCGUUGCUAAUGGGGAAACAGGAGAAGAGGAAGUCUUCGAUGUAUCUGGAGUGAUUUCGGAGGCAAGGUUACCUCCUGUUUUGAAGAGCCACCGGGUCAGUAUGAAUGAGCUUAUGCAAACAGUGAAGCUCGUUGGCCCGGAGGACGAUCAAGAUUUCCAUAUGGCAGGCUACGCCAUGUCUCACAUGAUCGAAUUUCUACAACAAUCCGUAGGAACUCCCGUUCAAGCUCUGUACGGUAUUCAACACAGUACUGCCCGUGAAUUCACCUUCACUAAUCGUCUGUUAAUGCCCGCACACUCAGCAUUUCCUGAGGACAUCGUGGUUCUUCCAUCGUCCUACAAUCCGAGCGAGACUCUUCAAAGCGCUAUUGGUGAGGGGAAGUUUGCGUACACCAAGGACAAUCAAGUUUCCUAUGAGAAGUUCAGUGUAACCGAUGAGAACGAGUAA